AUGAAGAACGAGGGGUAUGACGAGAAGCCCAGCGCCGACGAGUCCCAGGGCGGCUCGCAACUGAUUGAUGGCGUGGUGUCUUUGGACGAAGCAACGCAGUUGGAACGCGGCCUCAAAAGUCGACACAUUCAGUUCCUAGCGCUGGGUGGCGCCAUCGGGACAGGGCUUUUCGUCGGGUCCGGUGCGAUUCUGGCCAAGGUCGGCCCGGUACCGUUAUGGCUCGGCUAUAUCUCCAUGAUGCUGGUGGUUUGGAUCGUCAUGAACACCAUCGCCGAGAUGACGACAUACCUACCCAUGAAGGGCAUCACUUUGCCCUACUUCACGAACCGUUACGUCGACAGCAGCCUGGCCUUCGCCUCGGGGUGGAACUACUGGUAUGCGUAUGCGAUUCUGGUCGCCGCCGAGGCUUCAGCGGGCGCAAUCUUGCUCGACUACUGGGAGACGCCAGUCCAUUCGGCGGUAUGGAUUACCAUCAUCCUGGUUGUCUGCCUCGCUCUCAACAUCAUCGCCGUCGAGGUCUUUGGCGAAGCCGAGUUUUGGUUUGCUAGCAUCAAGAUCAUCACCAUCAUCGGCCUGGUCAUCGUGGGUAUUGUCAUCAUGGCCGGCGGCGCCCCCGGGGCUGGCGCCAUCGGGUUCACGUACUGGAACAACCCCGGCGCCUUCAAGGAAUACGUGGGGACAGGCGCGACCGGUCGAUUCACUGCCUACUGGACCGCCUUCGUCCGCGCCGGCUUCAGCUUCAUCACCUCCCCUGAACUCAUCGGCCUUGCUGCCGGCGAGACCGUGGCCCCCCGCCGCAACAUCCCCAAGGCUGCGCGCCGCUUCCUGUAUCGCCUCGCCCUCUUCUACGGCGUCAGCAGCUUGAUCAUCGGUGCUAUCGUGCCCUACGACGACAAGCAACUGCUUACCGAGACGGCCGACGCCAGCGCCAGCCCCUGGGUCAUCGGCAUUCAGCGUGCCGGCAUCGGCGGCCUCAACCACGUCAUCAACGCCGCCAUUCUGACCUCGGCCUGGUCCGCUGGCAACGCCUUCCUCUACUCAGGCUCCCGUAUCCUCUACUCGAUGGCCGCCACCGGCCAAGCACCCAAGAUCUUUGCCCGCACCACCAAGCGCGGUGUCCCCUACGCCGCUGUAGUCGCCACUUGGGCCGUCGGUCUGCUUGCCUACCUCAACGUGUCCCAGAGCGGCGCCAAGGUGUUCCUCUGGUUCAUGAACAUCUCCACCAUCUCAGGCUUCAUCGGCUGGAUCGUCGUCCUCGUCACCUAUCUGCGCUUCCGCAAGGCCAUGAGCGUCCAGGGCCUGCUGAGCACCCUGCCCUUCCGGACCAUCGGCCAGCCGUACGCCGCGUGGUUCACACUGUUCAUUAUCACCCUCCUGACCAUCACCAACGGGUUCCAGGUCUUUGCCAAGUGGGACGUUGGCGACUUCCUGGCCGCCUACAUCACGCUCCCCAUCUUCUUGGUCCUGUAUCUCGGCCACAAGGCGAUUUUCCGGACGCCCUGGCUCAGGAAUGUGCACGACGUCGAUGUCCUCACGGGCAAGAAGGAGAUGGAUGAGUUCUGCGCCAACGACCACCCGCCGGUGCCCAAGAACUUUUUGCAGAGGGUCUGGUUCUGGCUUGCUUAG